AUGGCAGAAGGUUUCAUACAAGAAGCAGAAAGAGAAACGUUAGAGAAGACAGGUGCAGAAUAUCUAAAUGAGCUGAUUGACAGAAAUUUGAUUCAAGUAGCUAAAAGAAACUGGAUGAGAAUUGUAAGAUGUCGAGUGCAUGAUCUUCUUCGAGAUUUUGCAAUUGAAAAGUCGAAGGAGUUAAAUUUCUUUCAUAUCUAUGAUAGAAAUGCUUAUUCCGCACCAUCUCCCUGCAAACAUCGAAGACUAGCUUUUCAUAGUUGUGGAUUAAGAAGGUUUGAUUCCUUUGAUCAGUCAUCAAAUUUGCGUUUACGAACCCUUUUGUUCUUCAACUCGGGAUUUGAAUUCACCGAAAUAGGAGAGUUACAAUUUCUGUACAAAACGUUGAGAUUGUUGAGAGUGUUAGAUCUUGAGAUAUUCAAUCUUUCCCAAGAAACAGAGCAUAUAAGGUUACUUGAUGCAAUAGAGAAGUUCAUUCACUUGAGGUACUUAAGGAUAAGUGGCUCCAAAAUAAAUAAGAUUCCACCAUCCGUAGGUAACUUGCAAACCCUACAAACCCUGGAAUUUUCCGGAUGUGAUAGGCUAAUUAUUAUGUUACCAGAUGAGAUAUGCAAUGCAAAGCAGUUGAGACAUUUAAUUGGACGCUUCAAGUGGCCUUUCCGAGUGGAAAACCUAAUAAACCUUCAAACUCUAGACUCCAUUGUAGUUGAUGACCGGAUGGAAUUCAAUCCAUUAAGGGAUUUAAUCAAUCUUCGCAACUGA